GAAACACACCAAAAUACACUGGGAAAACAUAUUGGUCCAGCCAUAGGGACUCGUGUCUGAAAGUAAAAAUUUGCCGUCUACUUAAUAAAUGUACUGUGCACUGUACCAUUACCUGUACAGUACUGUUAAUAUAUAAAACUAGAAAAGGUCGGCCUGAAAACUGCGUGGGCGAACUUUUCCAGAGUGAGAGUUGUGAUCUCUUAGAACAACCAGCCAGAGUUUUGUGACAGCACUGAGUGUGAGCUGUUUCAAGACCAGAGGCUUGAUGACCACCGGAGCAGGUUCAGUACUUGCCAACAGUGCCUAACAAAGACGUGAUCGACCGAUAACGAGCCGAUCAGUGGUGAAGAGGAUAAAAGUAAAGUCUCAUCACCCCUGGUUUUAAUAUGUGAAAACUAAAAACUGAGCAGAUGCUUGUUGAUUAGUGUAGGAACUAUUUAGUUCUUAAAUUACGACUCCUCGGACUCCCUUAAAUGAUCAUUCAUUUCUUAAAUGUUAUGCUCCAGCGGAAUAAAUUACUGUGUGGUGACUACUAAUGGGCGACGAGGUUAUAAUGUUAAGCUACAAGAACAACUGGCGAGAUGAUGAUGAUGGAUGUAGACCCAGUACAGGAGCUACACCGAGCAGCAGAACAAGGAGACAUUGAACAUGUUAAAUCUGCGCUUGAUGCUGGUCUUGAUGGCGAUUCUCCUGAUCAUGACAACAAUACAGCCCUUCACAUUGCAUCAGCCAAUGACCAUGAAUUGAUAGUAGCAUUCCUUCUCUCACAAAAUUCUAAUCGUGAAGCUACAAAUAACCUUGGCUGGACUCCUCUGAUGCAGGCAGCAAGACAUGGACACAUGCAUGUUGUCUUGUUACUGGUUCAAGCUGGGGCAUCUGUAGAUACCCGAAACAGAUUUGGGAUGACUGCAUUAAUGCUGGCGUCAGUAAGUGGCCACAUGGGUACUAUUCGGACAUUGAUAGAGGCUGGGGCCAACUUUGACCCCAUACCCUCCAUAAAUACCUGCCAGAUUACCCCGCUCAUGAUUGCUGUACAACAUGGCAAUGAUGCUGUGGUACGACUUUAUUUAGACAAAGGUGUUAAUGCCAACAAGUCCGUCCCCAAAACUGUUAUCACACCAUUGAUGUUCAGUGCUGCUGGAGGGAACAUGUCAACUGCACAGAUUCUGCUAGACCGAGGUGCAGAUCCCAAUGCACUGAGUGCCUGUGACCUGACUGCACUUGAUGUAGCUGCUACAUGUAAUAGACCAGAUAUUGCAAAUUUUCUACAGAAAAAAACAACAAGACAAAAAAAGAAAGGAGCUCUAUGCGACAUAAUGGAUGCAUCACGUCGUGGAGAUGUCAAAGCAGUUCAAGAGAUUCUCCUAGCUGACCCAAGCCAGUGCCAAGUUCCAACAGCAGACGGAGCUACACCCCUGAUGGUUGCAGCGAUGUUGGGUCACAUGCAGGUUGCUCAGAUGUUACUGCAGUAUGGAGCUCAUAUUGAUGCUCAGGAUCAUAAAAAUGGAUGGACAGCCCUAAUGCAAGCUAUUUAUCACAGAGAAACUGAUAUGGCAAAGUUUCUAAUCCAGUGGGGAGCAGAUAUCAGCAAAAUAUCUCACAAAGGCUACACUGCAUUUGAUAUUGCAAGUGAGACGCUCAACAUAGAUGUAAUGCGCAGCUUUGUUGAGGUUCAGAUGUUAUCUCUCGGCAUUGGAUCACCCUCCCCAACUCCCCAGCCAGGGUGGUCACAACAAAGUGGGAGUUCUGCAGACCUUCCUGAUGGUCGCUCAAAACAUGGCCUCAAACAGUGGUGGAAUAGAGUGUCUAAUAGAUUCCACAAAGUGAAAGGCGUCAAGCCACAAAGAUCUACAUCUCCAGAGCAAGAGAGUCUGAAGGAGAUCAGUACUAUGUCUCCAUUACCACCCAUACAGUAUGAUCCCAUUCUGCCUCAGGAGAUAAGACUACCACCUGUUAUGGAUUUUGGAGCUGGCAGCAUCCAUGCAACAGAGACUAUGAAGAGCAUGGUCCCUCCCCAUAUCUCCCCGACUGGAGGAAAGCCGGGACUUGUGCCAAAAGCCAUGCCUCCAGGGCGCAAGAUCCUGCCAGGAGGUCCAGUUGAACCACCUCGUCAUGCUACAAAUUCCCGACUCCUAAAGUGGAGUAUGGGGAGUGGAGGAUCAUCUCCAGGCUCAUCCUUGUCUGGCUUGAGUCCUCAGUCUUCAGGUGAAGCCCGAGGUCUGGGUUCUAUACUGCAAGUAAAUGGACCAAAACGUAAUGGGAAUAGUGAUGGUAGAAGAGAGAGAAACCAUGGAAAAUAUAUUGGAGAAAAUGACGUCUUGGUGUCGUCCUUGGAUAGUGGGGGUUCUGGAGGCUCAUCCCUGAAGACUGUGACCUCCUCAAAAUCAUCAAGAUCAACCGCUGUGCUUAUACCCCAUGUUAGUGAGGAAUCAGAUGGUACUACUUCUGCUGCAGCAUCUCACCUCACAUUGAGUCUAGGCUCUGGUCAACUUUCAGAGGUACUCCAGAAAUUGGCCUUAAAUCAGUACUUAGAGUUGUUUCUGGAGCAAGAGGUGGAUUUGGAUGCUUUCUUGGAACUCUCAGAUGCUGAUCUUCAAGACUUAGGAAUAAAUACUGCUUCUGCCAGAAAUAAGAUUCUUAGAGCCAUUGCCAGCUUAAAAACAAAGUUAUAGAUUUAAGUACAGUACAGUAAUUCCCAUGCCUUACACAUGUUUAACCAUUUGUAAAUAUUCAACACCUUUCAUGAGCAGUAUGUAUGUGCCUUUUUCUCACAAUUUCCAUUACCUUAUACAGUUUGUAGCCAACCUCUGUAACAAAUGAUAAAAAGAGAGGCCUAGAAUUAGUGAUUUGAUGGUACAGGUUGUACCUCUCUAGUCCGGCAACCUCGGGACCUGACCGGUGCCGGACCAUGGAAAUUCACCCUUUUCCUGGAUAGAUAGUGACUUGUGCUUAUGCUUGGAAGCACUA